CUCAACAGGAAGUGGUAAGGCAGGAGGUGGUUGUGGGUAAUUCUGUAAAAAAAUUUGACUGCUGACAACGUGACAUGCGACACAGUUACACUAGAAGGUUGAUGACAUAUAUUCAUAUGCUUCGUUCUGGAAACAAGAAAUGGUCAAAAGAAGCAACAAGUGCCUGUAGCACCAAGGGCCAGGCUGGAAGAUUACAGCGUACUGUACAGGGCAGAAAGCCACCAAAAGGCCAGAGUCUGGUCAUGCCUGCUUAUCCGUCUGUGUGUCGCCGCAAUGACACGCAUCGUUUUCAUCAAACUCCUCAUCGUCGUGCUGGCGGCCUUCAUCAUUUGCCUCCCAGAGUUCUUCACUUCAGAUCAAGAAGAGGCACAUCAGCAGUUCUUCUGCUGCAGUAACUGCACCGCACAGCAGGAGAACAGAACCGCGCAGCAGGAGAACAGAACCGCGCAGCAGGAGAACAGAACCGCGCAGCAGGAGAACAGAACCCAUGCGGCUACCAGACUCAACCACCACUGUUGCAUCCUCCACUCUCCGGGAACAAACCCAGCGGGAUGUAAAACUUCCCCUCUGGGGACACACACACCGGGAGCACACUGGUGGAGCGGCAGACUCACCUGGCUGGCGCUCAUCCUGGCCGUCAUCCUGCUGGUCCUGGGCAGCCUCGUGUAUGAAGUUCAGCGGGGGACUAACGGCCGCAGAAAGAAGGCUGCAGUGCUCCCCAUCAGCACCAAUCAACCCCCCCAGUCCCCGGGGAGGCAUAUGAGCGGGAGAACUCCAGCAGAGCUCAUGGAUGAGGUGUAUUUCAAUGGCUACAGAUGCAGAUAUAAAAGAUCAACACUCUCCCCAAUUUGUGAAUAUGAAGCAGGCCCGGAGCUUCCCGUCCAGGAGAACCACGUCAAUAGUGAUUCUGCCUCUGCGUCACGCCCAGCAAACGAGCCCUCCCUGACAGGAAGGAACUAACUCCAGCCCGUGCUCUGCUGCCAAAGCACAUAUGAAACUUCAAUGGGGCGUCAGUUAAGGAUUCAUUAAUACUAGAAAAGGAGAUUAAAUGUGCUGCACAGAGUAGAUUGGAAAGGUUCAGUUACAAACUUUACAAUCCUCAUUUCUCACCGUUAGCAUGGAGACCUGGUACUGGUGGCUGGCUCACCAUUCAAGCUGAUACACUCCAUCUGCUUAAGGAAGAACACGCUGAGUAUGCAAGCAUAUACGCACAGAGCUGUCUCACGCAGUGCUGUGAUUGGCCACACUCAGGCAUAUACGCACAGAGCUGUCUCACGCAGUGCUGUGAUUGGCCACACUCAGGCAUGUAUGCACAGAGCUGUCUCACGCAGUGCUGUGAUUGGCCACACUCAGGCAUGUAUGCACAGAGCUGUCUCACGCAGUGCUGUGAUUGGCCACACUCAGGCAUGUAUGCACAGAGCUCACUCUUCCGCAGUGCUGUGAUUGGCCACACUCAGGCAUAUACACACAGAGCUGUCUCACGCAGUGCUGUGAUUGGCCACACUCAGGCAUGUAUGCACAGAGCUCACUCUUCCGCAGUGCUGUGAUUGGCCACACUCAGGCAUGUACGCACAGAGCUCACUCUUCCGCAGUGCUGUGAUUGGCCACAGUCAGGCAUGUACGCACAGAGCUCACUCAUACGCAGUGCUGUGAUUGGCCACAGUCAGGCAUGUACACACAGAGCUCAGUCUCAAGCAGUGCUGUGAUUGGCCACACUCAGCAUGUACACACAGAGCUCAGUCUCAAGCAAUGCUGUGAUUGGCCACACUCAGGCAUGUACACACAGAGCUCACUCUCACGCAGUGCUUUGAUUGGGGGCAACAUAGCUCAGGAGGUAAGAGCGGUUGUCUGGCAGUCGGAGGGUGGCCGGUUCGAUCCACGCACUGGGCGUGUCGAAGUGUCCCUGAGCAAGACACCUAACCCCUAACUGCCCUGGUGGAUGAGAGGCAUCAAUUGUAAAGUGCUUUGGAUAAAAGCGCUAUAUAAAUGCAGUCCAUUUACCACUAGCCUUCUUUCCCCCUGUCUCAGAAGCCCCCAGUCACAUUAGAGGCUUCUGUCCUCUGUUGACAGGUUUUCUUCUACUGUUAUAAAUUUACUUAAUUUCAUUAUCCUGUUUUCAUGGUUUUUGUUAUGGAGUGUCUGGUUUAUGCCUAUUAUUUUUUUUAAUAAAAUGAUGCUUUAGGUAUUUACUUUACCAUUAUGUAAUAGAAUUGUCUUCCUAAAAUUGUGCAAAGUAAGGCUAUUUAUUUAAUGUGCAAUGUUUAGUAAACACAAAAUGACUAAUGGUCAUAGUACCUGAUUCUACUGAUUCAGACGUUUUCUUGACUUGGACAGAUGGAAAUGGAUUAUGCACUUACAUAAUACAUGACAAAACAAA